AUGGCGUACAAAACCGCAGAAGAAAUCGUCGAUCAUCUUCGCUCAAAUUACCCUGAUUACCACCGAACUAAAUAUCAAACCCUAAUUCGAUUUGUUGACGACGCUCUUCAACAUUCCAACAACACUCCCACACGGAACCAUAACCAAAACAACAAUGCCGAAGAAGAUGACCACGAGGAUGAGAAUCCAAGUGCUUCUCGAAAGAGACGUAAGACUUCAGAGGAUGGGAUCUACAGCGACAAAGUUGAGCCUGCUUUUGACUUGGUGAAGGAUAUGCUGCGACAUUCAUAUACAGGAGCAAAGUCAGGACUACUCGUGGUCCAAGAAAAGAAUGUUGAAUUGGAUAUUGGUAAUACAGGCAAGGCUACUAUUACUGUCAAUGCGGAUGGUAGUAAAUCCAAAUCCAUAUCGACAACAGGUAAACACUCAAAGGGUUCAGUUUCUAAUACCGGUGGCGGCGGUGGUCUUGAGGUGAAAGGGAAAGAGGGGCCGAAGUUUAAGGAUUUGGGUGGGAUGAAGGCUAUUAUAGAGGAGUUGAUUAUGGAUAUUGUGUCAUUGUGUAAUCCUUGGUUGCCUAGACAUUUAGGGGUGAAACCGCUAAUGAAACUGGUCUUCCUUUUCAUCAUAUUUCGGCUACGGAGGUGGUUUCUGGAGUCUCAGGGAAUCGGGAUAAAUCUCGAGUCUGGAUUUUUACUUUAUAGACCUCCAGGAUGUGGUAAAAAACUUAUUGCCAAAGCUGUUGCCAAUGAGGUGGGAGCGAAUUUCAUUCAUAUUAAGGGACCCGAGCUUCUAAAUAAGUAUGUCGGGGAAAGUGAGCUUUCGGUGCGGACAUUGUUUAGUCGUGCAAGGACUUGUGCACCAUGUGUACUAUUUUUUGAUGAGGUUGAUGCUCUGACUACCGAACACGGUAAAGAAGGUGAAUGGGUUAUUGAAACACUAUUGAACCAGUUGCUUAUUGAGUUAGAUGGUGCCGAGAGUCGGAGAGGUGUAUUUGUGAUUGGUGCAACAAAUAGGCCUGAGGUGAUGGACCGCGCUCUCUUGCGGCCUGGUAGAUUCGGUAAACUGCUUUACGUCCCUCUUCCAAGCCCAGAUGACCGCGUUUUGAUAUUGAAAGCUCUUGCAAGGAAUAAAAAUAUUGAUUCUAGUGUGGAUUUGAGUGCCAUUGGAAGAAUGGAAUCAUGUGAAAACCUUAGUGGUGCCGAUCUUGCAGAAUUGAUGAAUGAAGCAGUAAUGGCUGCUCUUGAUGAGAAGUUGAGCUCAGCAGAGACAACCUCAUUGACUAUCUCAUUGACUAUCAGGACAAGUCAUUUUGAGCUAGCACUAAGUAAAGCUUCUCCGUCUGUGUCGGACAAGCAAAGGCAGUACUAUGAGCGUUUGUCAAAGAGCCUAAGAGCAGCAUGA